AUGUUCCUCUUCUCCAAAAAACACAAGACCCCCAUCAGCACUUACACCGACUCCUACCGCCCGCCAUGCUCUGUCAGAAAGACCAUCCAAAAGCAGACUUCACAGCAGCUCUGUAGCGAGAACAGGUUUGUGACGCCGGGAUUAACGAUGCCCCUGGUGCAAAAUUCAGUGAGCCAAGGUCAGACUGAGGUGCCGAUUAAGGCGGAGGAGAACUACAGGAACACCAUCGACCCUACUGCUUACUGGCCCAAGAAGUACUGGCUGGCCAGGUCUAAAGACAAGUACAAGUCAGUUUUUGCAAACAAGGACAAAUACCUCACCUGGAGAACAGAUCCCUGCAGCAGCACAGUCUGGAAUAGGUACUCCUCUUGCCUCCCUCUCCCACCCAAGGAGACAAGGAUGGAGACUUUCCUGCACAGCAUACCUGUGUCGUACCCCCUGAAUCCCACCUGCAUCAACCAAUGUGAGAGGGAGAUGGCCACCGACAUGCUGCCCAGGCUGCCUGUGUACAGUGUGACAGGGAGGGGACCCUACUGGGGCUACUACAGCCCCUGCUCUGCGUGCCACCACUGCCUGCGAGGGAUGGACUAUUACAUUGAUGGGGCCUCUGCCAUCAGAGGGCAACUCCACACAAUAGAAGAGAGGGCUGUCAGGAGUAUCCCAUGCUGCACUUACAGCCCCAGAGCAAUGUUCUGUGCAUCUACACACUGCCUCCAGUCAUUCUCUCUUGCUGGCAGCCAGAAGCAGGUUUUCUGGUCUUCUUCCUUACUGGAGUUUCAUACUCCCAUGGCUGAUAACUUUAUUUGCUCUCCUAGGUGGGGCACGAGAAACUUCAAAAAGACAGGAGGAGUCCAGAGAGACAGCUACACCAUCUACCCUGAGUUCACCUCAGAGGCUUACUCUGCUCCAUGCUGCUGGUGA